GUCCGAAAAGAGGCCGGAGUGUGGAUGACGCUAGCUUGCCCGCCCUUCGCCCCUCCCGGUUUGUCCCCCUCGUCCUUCCCCCCUUGCCCUGCUCCAGCACCGGCAGCAGCAGCACGGUGCGCAACACAACACACUACUGACAGCUGCGACUGACUCACAGCACCUACAGGAGAAAGAUGGAGCGCGGAGACGGCGAUUUCAGCAUUAUGCUAGCCACCGAUUCAUACAAGGUCACCCAUUACAAACAGUAUCCUCCCAACACAAGUAAAGUAUAUUCCUACUUUGAGUGUCGUGAGAAGAGGACAGACCCGAGCAAGAACAGAAAAGUCAAAUAUGAGAAAACAGUCUUCUAUGGGCUACAAUACAUUCUCCAUAAAUAUCUAAAAGGAAAAGUAGUGACUCCAGAGAAGAUCCAAGAGGCUAAAGAGGUGUAUAGAGAACACUUUCAGGACGAUGUUUUCAACGAGAAGGGCUGGACCUACAUUUUGGAAAAACACAAUGGACAUCUCCCCAUAGAAAUCAAGGCAGUGCCGGAGGGGAGUGUCAUUCCUCGAGGAAACGUUUUGUUCACGGUGGAGAGCACAGACCCAGAGUGCUACUGGCUCACCAACUGGGUGGAGACUAUCCUGGUGCAGAUCUGGUACCCCAUCACAGUUGCCACCAACUCCAGAGAACAGAAGAAGAUCCUGGCCAAGUACCUGUUGGAGACCUCGGGGAACCUGGAGGGACUAGAGUAUAAACUGCACGACUUUGGCUACAGAGGGGUGUCAUCACAAGAGACCGCGGGCAUCGGAGCUUCAGCUCAUUUGGUCAACUUCAAGGGCACAGACACAGUGGCCGGCAUCGGUGUCAUCAAGAAGUAUUACGGCACCAAGGACCCUGUACCUGGCUUCUCUGUACCAGCUGCAGAGCACAGUACGAUCACAGCGUGGGGCAAAGACCAUGAGAAAGACGCCUUUGAACACAUCAUUAAGCAGUUUCCCAGCGUCCCGGUGUCCAUCGUCAGCGACAGCUACGACAUCUACAACGCCUGUGAGAAGAUCUGGGGAGAGGACCUGAGGAGCCUGAUUGAGUGCCGCAGCGCAGACGCCCCCCUGGUGGUCCGGCCCGACUCAGGAAAUCCUCUGGACACUGUUUUAAAGGUAUUGGAGAUCCUCGGUAAGAAGUUUAUUCCAGAAGAAAACUCCAAAGGUUAUAAGGUUCUCCCUCCUUACAUCAGAGUCAUUCAGGGCGAUGGAGUGGAUAUCAACACAUUACAAGAGAUUGUGGAAGGCAUGAAGGAACAUCGGUGGUCCAUUGAGAACAUUGCAUUUGGAUCAGGAGGGGCUCUUCUGCAGAAACUCACAAGAGACCUGCUCAACUGCUCUUUCAAAUGCAGCUACGUGGUCACAAACGGACUCGGGGUGAAUGUAUUCAAAGAUCCUGUUGCAGACCCCAAUAAACGUUCAAAGAAAGGACGUCUCUCUCUCCAUCGGACACAGAGCGGGGACUUUGUAACCCUAGAGGAGGGCAAGGGUGAGCUGGAGCAGUACGGAGUGGAUCUUCUACACACGGUCUUUCAGAACGGGAAGAUUGUGAAGACGUACACAUUUGAUGAAGUCAGAGACAAUGCAAAGCUCAAAGAGAGUGAGCUGGAGGAGCUGCUGCACUGAGCUCUAAAACAUCACCAGUUUGACCUGAAAACAACCUCCCUCACCCUUCAACUUUGACCUCUGGCAUUGAUCAGUCGAAUGAGGGUAGCGUGCACUGCUAAGAUCCCCACAGUCCUAAUGUAAUUUUGAUUAUCUUAAAUGUAUCGGGACUUAAUCCUUGAUCUCGAAUUACUGGUGGUUCUCCAAAAAUAUGUUGUCAGAUCUGCACAUUAAAAGUGCUUUAUGUAACCUUACCGGGGUAGGAUCCGCAUCUACCUGUGGAUGGAAAUGUUGGUGCUUUGCCUUGAAUAUCCCACAAUAUGGCAUUACACUUGUAUACCUCUAUGGAGACCAACACGCCAAGUAAUAGGUCAUACAUGUGGUUUGGUGAAAGAUAAGAUUGAUUUUUUUAUUAUUAGAAACACAUGUAAUGCAAGAUAGUUAAUGUCAUACUGUGGAGCAAAUCCAAGCAAAACCAUAACAUUGCCAUAACAAGCAAGUAGCUGACACCCCCACCAGAAAGGUUACAUAGUGCAUCUUUAACAUCCUACCACCAGUGAGAGAGUGAGGUAUAAUGUGUGAUUGGUACUGAAGACUUGUAGAUAUUAAAGCCUAACCAUAAGUUCACAUCUCACCUGUAUUUUUGCCAUAAGCGGCAUGCUGCACUGAAAGGCUAGCACAUUGUUUUUGCUUUGUAAUGUGUCAGCAGACCUUUUCUGUCAUGCCGGAAAAAAAAAAUAUUGUUGUUCUUUCUCUUUUUGAGGAAUUGAAUGGGCGUUUAAUGGGCAGCUACCAGAGAUGUGAACUUAUGUUGAUGGAAAAGUAUUUUGAAUGGGAGCCACAUCUAAAUGAAGCCACACCUACUACUACACCAAUGAUCGUUACUCGUGUAUUGUGUACAGUUUAGAAAAAUACAUGUCUACUUCGUAUUUUAUGUGAAGGACAAAACCAAGAUCGUGGUAUAUACUGUAUAUCGGUGCAACUAUAACAUUUACUGCCCUGUCCUGUGUACACUUCCGAUUAUAAUAAUAAGAAUAUGAAGCCAUGUUAUAUACUUUGCUCUGAAACAGUAGCUUUGGCGCCAAUUGUAAAGGCCUUACUUAAUCGUGUACUACCUGUUUAUUUAACACAACCCAAACAAAUGUUAUUGAUGCAUCUGUAAAGAUUAUACUAAUGAUCAUCCUUUUGUCACUAUAUUGUAAUUCACAGUGUAGACACAUGAAGGCCCAACACGUGUAGAGAGUUAAUUUACUAUUUAAAUGCGUAAAGGGGCUAUGUUAUGUUUUUGCUCAUCUUUUUAAACCAAUCGUGAUCACCUCUUGAACUGCCUUGUAUUUUUUACUAUAUAAAAAAAAUCUAACAGAAAUAAAUCAAAGUAAAAAAAAUAAAAAAUACUUGGUGCCAGGUGAGGAUACCAGUAAAGGGCAGUGCAUUUCAGGUCUGUUAUCCUCUUCUGAACGUAAUCUUAAAAACAAGAAAAACUGAAAGAGAAAAUGGUAACGCUAUAUUCACUUUGCUGUUGCUAUCGGCACUGCCAUGGUCAUUGGGAUUGCACUAUUUUGCAUGGGACUGCCGAUCUUGACAGAAAAUAAGCUCUAUACAGACUACAGAGUUGUUUUCAAGCCUUCAAGAGAAUUGGUGCAGUGUUGACUUGUUGGUGCACAUGAAACUUUGCCCAAAUUAAAUACAAAAUACAAUUAAUGGGAUUCCUCACUUAACUGAAAGUGUUACCACAAAGAAAGCAGGGUGUAGUCACAUUUGGAGGAAAAAGUGGGCAGGGUGGAAUAAGGUGAAUAAUAACUCCACUUUUUAAUAGCCUUAAUAAAACAUGAAUGAACAAAUAGUUUAUUAAGAGUUAUUAAGACUUGGCAACUAUUUUAUUAAUACCGCUACUUCUAACCAUAACCCUUUUGUUAAGUAGUUACCUAGCUUUAGUCAGACUUAAUAAACUGGACAAAAGUCAAUUCGCCGCUCAUCCAAGGCUUGUUCAGUUGGUCAGAUUGCUGGUGGACACGGCCUUAUAUCUAGCUUUAUAUCCAAGUGACCAAGUUAUGCAUCAUACCAGGAUGACUGAAGGAUUACACAUACGUAUUAAGAUGUAGUUCUCAUUAAGUACCAAAAAAGGUUAUAUACCUAAAAAAGAUGAGUGGAAAUUGGUCUGUGCAUCCUGGAGUGGUCAAGAAUAAACAAAUUACAGCUAAAAAUGAUGUAGCAUAAAAUAGUCCCUUUAACAGUUACAUUCCUAAAUCCUAUUGUAAUAGCUGUAGACAUAUUUAACUAUAUAUAAGCUUUCAAAUACCUGGUGCUGAAUUUGGACAAAGAUAAAUUUGACAAUCUUUUGGUUUUUGUUUUAUUUUCUUUUUAAAUACAGCCAAAUAUGCUUGUUGUUGGGUCUUCAUGUUGCUAUAUGCACUGGAACCUGUCUCUGCUGUAUCAGACCAAGAAAUGAUGUAAAAUUACACCACAAAUGUUGUCUUCACUGGGAUGGAGAUAAGCUAGCUAUGUGUUUUGAGAGAUUUAACAUGGCUCCAAGUUUGAUGAGUGUUUUUUUUUUUUUGUUUUUUUUUUUUUUUUUUGUGGUUCUGGCUUGCAGUCAGACCCAAGUUUGUGCGUGACCGAUGAAGUUUUUUUUUUUCCCUUUUAUUUGAAGGACUUUGUAGUAUUCCUUUAUGCAAAUGUGUUGUGGAUUUGCAGGAAUGACAGAAACAACCUUGGUUUUAUUUUAUAGGCCUUUUUUUUUCUGUAAAGAGACAGCACCGGAUAGCACCUUGGAUUGCGCUGUACGAUUGUUCCAAGUGUUUUGGUGUUAAUAAUCUUCCACUAUAGACUAUAUAAGACUAUGUUGAAUAUGGAGCAGAUGACAUUACAGACUUCAAUGGGCGUAGAUAAAACAUGUACCCUAUUAGGAUAAGUAUAAUGACUCAAAUAUAAAACUAAAACUUCUAACUUGAUUUUGUUGCCAAGGAAAAGGCUUGAUAUUCAAUACAGAUUUCAUUUCGAUACCACAAUGCUAAUAACCAGUAACCAUAGUAACCACUACCAUCAGAAUGAAAGGCUUUGAAACCUUUUUUUUACAAUUUACAUUUUAAAAGUGAUUAAGUACAGAAUACAAAAUUGACUUGUAGCAAUAAAGCUUUUCCUGUUAAAAAUCUUUAUUUCAGUGUUCUCGGUGUACCUGCAGGCUGCGUUAUGUUAAAAUUAUGAUCCAAUUUAAACAAAACAUUGAAUCACUCUUUAUACAAAUUGAUGAUGUUAGAAAGAUUUUUGUGUGCACUGAAAUUUGUGUUUUUUGUUUUUCCUGAUCCACUGCUGUACGUACACAUAACCACGACCAAAUGUGUGCCUGAGAUGUUCUGUAAUAUCACUUUCUCCCAUUAUUUUGCGAAAUCUAUGUUCAAAAAGUGUCACUGUUUUUCAUUUUGCCUCAAGUUUUUUGUAAAUGUCCAUUCACCUGUUAUCCAGCUGGCGGUUGCACUGGACUUUUCAAUAGUUCGAUAGAUUAAAUUAUAGUGUGCAUUUUAGUGAAGUUUUAAUUUGAGAUAUUUUGAUACUGUCUCGGUUCUUUUCUCAGAGAAACCUUAUUUUGUAUGACAAUGGAAAAAAAUUGCCAGAAACAUUGCAGUAACUAUAUGAUUAUUUACAAAUGAUGUGGCCAUACUGCCUUUUCACUUUGUACAUAUAACCGCUAGUUUGACUGGAAGUGGAUGGCAGGUUAGGGGGAAAACCAGAGUAGAAAUUGUAUUAUUAUUUUUGUCAGAUCGACCCUUUUUGUAUUCGAAUAAUAUCCAAACCUGCUUGACUGAAUGGGCAGUGAGUGACUGAUUUUAGCCUCUAUUUGUGAGCAAUUGCCUUGUAGUGAAUGAGAAAAGCUUGUGAAUAUUUUUUUUCUCUUCAUGUCGUUGUUGUUUAACUUGUAUGUAUAUGUUGGUUGUUCCAAAUUCUCUCCCAAAAAACAGCUGAUAUUUUACCAUGACAUGCUACAUUGUGGACAAAACAAUAAUUAAAAGAUGCCACCCUGUCA